AUGCAGUCGGCAAGCGGAAUGCGAAGUCUCAGCGUCCUAUCGUCCAGAGUGCUCAACUGGUCUCUCGGCAAUAGAAGUUUCUCUGUCUCAGCGGAAAAACCUCCGUUCGACAAGAUCCUGAUUGCGAACAGAGGUGAAAUAGCAUGCAGAGUUGCCAAGACUGCGAGACGGAUGGGAAUCAAAACGGUUGCGAUCUACUCGGAAGCAGAUGCAAGGGCUGUGCAUGUGAAGGCUUGUGAUGAAGCAGUCUGUGUUGGACCUGCCGCAUCUUCGCAGUCUUAUCUGAACAUAGAUGCCAUCGUUGAAGCCAUGAAGUUGACAGGCGCACAGGCUGUACACCCUGGUUACGGUUUUUUGUCUGAGAAUGCAGGCUUUGCUGAGAGGCUGGAGAAGGAGGGACUGGUUUUCAUAGGCCCGGGUCCCUUCUCUAUUCGGUCCAUGGGAGACAAGAUCGAGUCCAAGAAGCUGGCGAUUCAGGCGGGGGUCAACACGAUUCCUGGUCAACUUGGCCUCAUCUUGACAGAAAGCGACGCAGUGCGAGUUUCGAAAGCGAUCGGUUAUCCCGUGAUGAUCAAAGCUUCUGCUGGGGGGGGAGGAAAGGGCAUGCGUAUUGCGCAUAAUGACGCAGAGGCGGCCGAAGGUUUCCGCCUGUCAAAAGCUGAGGCUUCAGCUUCCUUCGGUGAUGACAGGAUCUUCAUAGAGAAGUUUGUUCAACAACCACGACACAUUGAGAUUCAGAUCAUCGCAGAUAAGCAUGGGAAUGUCCUCUACUUGCCGGAGCGAGAGUGCUCGAUUCAGAGGCGAAACCAGAAAGUCAUUGAAGAGGCGCCAAGUCCCUUCCUGGAUGAGCAAACUUGGCGUGCGAUGGGAGAACAAGCAGUUUCGCUAGCUAAAGCCGUUCAUUAUCACUCAGCUGGAACGGUGGAGAUGAUGGUGGAUGGGGAUCGCAACUUCUAUUUCCUUGAGAUGAACACAAGAUUGCAGGUCGAACAUCCAGUGACAGAAUUAGUGACAGGGUUCGACCUGGUUGAAAUGAUGAUUCGCGUAGCAGCAGGAGAGAAACUCAAGAUACAUCAAGAUGAGAUCAGACCUAAGGGAUGGGCCAUGGAAUCAAGAAUUUAUGCUGAAGAUUCCCUGAGGAACUUCCUCCCAUCGGUCGGAGUACUCCAUCGAUACAUCCCUCCUGAGGAGUACGAAGACGAGACCGGCGUUGUUCGCAUUGAUGCAGGCGUCGAGGAAGGGAGUGAGAUUAGCAUUCAUUACGACCCAAUGAUAGGAAAACUUGUCACGCACGCUCCAACUCGGAUUGAAGCGAUCAACAAGAUGAAGACGGCACUGGACGCCUUCGUCGUCAAAGGAGUUCGUUGCAACAUCAACUUUGUGAGAGAUGUGAUGGAUAAUCCUCGAUUCAUGUCGGGCGAUCUCACAACUCACUUUAUUGCUCAAGAAUAUCCUCCCCCUGGUUUCCGAGGGCAUGUGUUGACGGAGCUGGAAGGAAACGAACUGAGCGCCAUCGCUGCGAUGCUUCACAUGCAGCACAAGCAGCAGGCGAGUGCUCCCGUCUAUAGGCGUUCAGACGUGAUGUCGCCCGACCACAUCAUCGGCGAGCAGGAACUGGUUGUGACGAUCGAGGGGACUGUGGGAGAAGUCGUGAAGAAACGACUGCACAUUGCGGCCAGGCGUCCCAAGCUUGGAGACGUCAUCUCCACUGAAUUCGUGAUCACCAUCCAAGACCGUGUCCCAAGAGUCCUCACAGCUGAUCUCCCCAGCAACUCGGGGUUGUACCUGGCCAAAUGCACUGAGACAGGGAUGGUAAGGAUCGUGCAGGCUUUUGAGAAGACAAACUCGGGUUAUAUCCUCUCCAUGUCCGGGAGCCCAUACAAGAUCACCAUUCGCUCGGAGAGGCUCGAAGAACUGUCCAAGUACAUGCCAGUCAAGGUGGAAGUCGAUCAUUCUUCACAUCUCUGCACGCCGAUGCCCGGCAAGCUCCACUCCAUCGCCGUCAAAGAGGGCGAAAGUGUGAUAGCCGGGCAGGAGAUCUGUGUCGUCGAAGCGAUGAAGAUGCAGAACGUCUUGCGGGCGCCCAAGGACUCGACGGUCAAGAAGAUUCAUGCGAAAGUCGGACAGAACCUGGCGCUGGAUGAGUGCAUCAUGGAGUUCGAGUAG